UUUCUCUGAGUAGAUCUGCACUGCUGUGCGAUGGGAAAGACAGAGCUGCAUUCUCUGUUUAAGGGUUUUCUGGACUGUAUUUGCCUCUGCCUUUCUAGAAGCGGCCAGGCUGCAAACGACAGUGAGAGGGACUCUGAAAAUGGUCACCUGAUCUACAAAAGUGGUGACGUCCUUGACGACAGAUAUGAGAUAGUCGACACUUUAGGUGAGGGGACCUUUGGGAAAGUGGUUCAGUGUGUGGACCACAGCAGAGGAGGAAAUCAAGUCGCAUUGAAGAUCAUUAAGAACCAGGACAAAUACAGAGAAGCAGCCAAACUGGAAAUCAACGUCCUGGAGAAGAUCAGUGAGAAGGAUCCGCACAACAAACAUAACUGCGUGCAGAUGCUCAACUGGUUUAACUACUACGGCCAUGUGUGCAUCUCCUUUGAGCUGCUGUCUCUCAGCACAUUUGACUUCUUGAAAUCAAACAACUUCCUGCCGUAUCCAAUUAACCAGAUCCGACACAUGGCCCAGCAGAUCUGCCACGCCGUCAGCUUUCUCCAUGACAACAAGCUGACUCACACUGACCUGAAGCCUGAGAACAUCCUCUUUGUCAACUCGGACUACUCCCUCAUAUACAACGCUGAGAAGAAGUGCAAUGAAAGGCGGAUAAAUGACACCACAGUGCGGCUCGUCGACUUCGGCAGCGCCACCUUUGACCACGAACAUCACUCUGUCAUCAUCUCUACUCGUCACUACCGAGCCCCAGAGGUCAUACUUGAGUUGGGUUGGAGUCAACCGUGUGAUGUGUGGAGUAUCGGCUGCAUCCUGUUUGAAUACUACAAAGGGUUCACACUCUUCCAGACUCAUGACAACAAGGAGCAUCUUGCUAUGAUAGAGAGAGUACAGGGACCGAUUCCUCAGAGGAUGAUUCAGAGGAGCAGAAAGCAGAAGUAUUUCCACCGUGGACAUCUAGACUGGAACGAGUGCUCCAAAGCUGGACGCUACGUCAAAUCCAAAUGCAAGCCGUUAAGGGAAUACUUGUUAUCACACGGGAGAGAACACCACCAUUUUUUCGAUCUCCUAGAGAGGAUGCUGGAGUACGAGCCCUCAAAGCGUAUUUCUCUUUCCUCUGCUCUGUGCCAUCCCUUCUUCCAGCCCCUCCAUCAUCCAGGAAGAAGUCAGGGGUGGAGGAACAGCUGUGACAUGAGCAGAUGACCUU